UUCUGUCUUUAAUGUCAUGUCAAGUUGUCAAUGUCAAGUCUGUGAAUUAACGUAUUGUCAUUGAAAUUGCUCGGAAAUUCAUAAAAAUCUCUGGAUAUUUCUGCUUUUAUCGUCGUAAUUAGAGCAUAAAUAGGUUCAUUAAAUGCGUAGAACUAGUUUUCCAAUUCAAACAAAACGGAGUGUCUUUGUUACAGCUGAAACAUCGUCGGUGAACAUUAUGACAUCUGUUUGUUUUGAUCCUGAGUUGAUUUAUUAAUUAAUUUGUAUCAGUUAAUUAACAGCACUGUGAAAAUGGAAGCUGGGGAAUGGAGAAGGAAUAUUAUCAGCCAAUUACAGGCUCGAAAUAAAUAUGAAACAGCUGCAUUUCAAGACAUAAUAUCCUUUCAGAGCCGUCUUUUUGACAAUGUAAACACAUUGAAGAAUGAGAAUCUCCAGUUAACAUUGCUCAAUGAGAGAAUACGGUUUACGGGAGCAGAAAGUGUUAGUGGAACUGGAAAUGCCAGCAAUGAAAGGAUACAAGCUCUGGAGCAAAAAAUCUUAGUACAACAAGAAGAACUUACUUCAAUGCAUAGGAGAAGAGGAGAGAAUGCGCAGCAGAUUAUGAGUCUAAAUGAAAAAGUACAUGAUCUAGAGAAACAACUUCAAGCUAAAGAUAUUGUAAUUUCAGAAAACACAGCAGUGAUAGCAUCUUUGCGGGCUGAAAUUCAAAUGUAUGAAACAAAUAUGGCUGAAUUACAAGGAUUAAAUCAAGUAUUGAGAGAUGAACAUCAAGCCUUACAAAUAGCAUUUGCAGCAAUAGAAGAGAAAUUGAGGAAAGCACAGGAUGAAAAUCGUUCGUUAGUGGAGAGACUCAUUAAAUACAAAGCUAAAGAUGCAGAUAAAAUGAACGAAGAAAAUGAACAUUUCCUCAAGUCAAGCAACCCUACCGCGUUUUUCAUCAACACGUUUGGUAGAGUUAGUUUCGGAAAGAAAAGUGAUAAGGUGCGGAAAGAGUUGGAGGAGGCAGCUAGAGAGAGUGGUAGCAGGAGUAGUGGGUCAGGCAGUUCCGAAGACAAGAUAUUGGACUCAAUGCCGUACUUUGCAACUGUUUUGCCUAACAAAGUUGCCCUGAGAUUUGAUGCUCAUGACGGUGAAGUGAACGCAGUGAAAUGGAGUCCAACAGACAGAAUUGUUGCGACAGGCGGUGCUGAUAGAAAAGUCAAAUUAUGGGAUGUUACUAAAUGUAUGGUGGAAACACGGGGUACAUUGGUAGGAUCUAAUGCGGGAGUCAUGUCAGUUGACUUCGAUUCAACUGGAGCGUACAUCGUAGGAGCGUCGAAUGAUUUCGCCAGUCGCGUAUGGACAGUCGCCGACCAGCGUUUAAGGCACACGUUGACUGGUCACAGUGGCAAAGUAAUGGCCGCCAAAUUCCUCGGUGAGCCAACAAAGGUGAUCACGGGAAGCCACGACCGAACGCUAAAAAUAUGGGACCUCAGAAGUAAAAUGUGUACCGAGACAAAGUUCGCGGGGUCGUCGUGUAACGACCUGGUGACGUCAGACGGGGCCGGCUCCACCAUCAUCUCGGGACACUUCGACAAGAGGAUCAGGUUUUGGGACAUUCGCACCGAGAUGUCCGCCAAUGAUAUAAUGCUGCAAGGAAAGGUCACCUCGCUUGAUCUCAGUAGAGACAACAAUUACCUGCUGGCGUGUGUUAGAGACGACACAAUACAACUAAUAGAUCUGAGGAUGAAUACCAUCGUACGUUCUUUCAGUCACGAGUCGUUCAAGGUGGGGUGCGACUGGUCGCGGGCGGCGUUCGGUCCGGGCGGGCGACUGCUGUCCGUCGGUGCGGCUGACGGAGCCGCCUAUGUAUGGAACACACAUUCCGGCCGUCUUGAAACUAUACUCAAGGAUCACACGUCAGCGGUAACGGCGGUGUCAUGGCAUCCUCAGUCCGGACUACUUGCGUCAGUAGAUCGCGGCAAGCGCGCAGUCAUCUGGGGAGAUUUGUGACAAGCCUGGGAGGCACCCCUGCCUUCGCCACCACCCGUACAGGUCGUCAAGGAGGAUGAUAAGAGGGGAGCCGAAAACGAUUCAGGAGAAAUGUUCGAUUUUUUGCUAGGUAUCACCACGGACAUAUUUCAUCGAUUCACGUAACAAGAACAACCAAUAUGCACUAACCAACUGAAUGCGUCCGUCACGCGUCACCGUCACAUUUCGUUACGGACGGGAGAAUACGGAUGUGUUGCGUGCUAACUAAACGGAAAAACUGAUCGAUGACAGCGAAAAAUGUCAAACAAAACUUUUGAUAUAUUUUUGUGAUUAUAAAUUUUAUUAAAAUUUGUAAAUAUGAUGAGGUGCUACUACAUACAUGUUUCAGAUCUUUUAUUGUCAGAGUUAUAAUAACAACGCGUUGAAGUUUCUAACCUCAAUGAAUACAAAUGACCUCAAACCCUAUCAAAAAUUCAUCCCGUUGAUGUUUCGACGCCAGUGUAAGUAGAGCUUCUACGUCAAGUGUUGGGUGAACUGAAGUGUAGUGCGGUCUGGUGGCGAGCCUUCACCAAUUUAGAAUGUAAGCUGUCUUCCGUCAAUUGUACCUAUAGUUUGAUUUUCCAUUCCUGUAUAAAAUCGUGUGCAUUGUUCUGUGCAUUUUAAAGCUGGAAAUCGUGCACCGGACAAAGCAAUGCGAUAUUUUAUAAUGCAAGCUCUGAAUGUGCGUUUGUGGCGUGAACCUUUCACCGCGUUGCGAUUUUUUACCUUUAUGUUGUAGUUAAUUAUGUGAACUUUGUAAUAGUGUUAAAUAAGUUAGUGUUAGAACUGUUACGUCUCUCAAUGUAACGAUAUGAAUUGUAAAGAGAACAAUAGCCGUGUAACUCGCUAGUUGAUAUAGCCAUAGCGUAUGUUAUCCUAGUACCUACUGCGACGUUUAGGAUAAAUUAAUGGGAGUCAUUUGUUAUUGUCAACAUGACAUCAUAUUUGUUUUAGUUAACUUUGUGAGAUCGCAGCGGACCACCUGUGCUUCCCGAAGUCUCAUUAGCAAACAAUGAUCGGGCGUCGGCGACUACCGAAGCCUCUCGCGAUCAAUAAACUGCUGAGCCGAUAAGAGUACGGCCGUUUGCCGAUCUAGGGCUGACAUUUAGUUUCUUUAAACGUCAAUUUUUUGCAUCUACAUAUAACUUUUUACUCGUCAUGUCAUACAAAUCAGCAAAUUUUAGAGAAAUGAUGACGAU